AUGGGGAUCAAGCUAAAGGGACUGUCGUGGCCGCCCUCAGAGUUGGAACCCGAACUGCCACGCCUCCCACGGUUGCUACAGCUCUUACACCUACGCGUCUCCUACGCCUCCUACGCUUCCAUCACCUCAUACACUCCCUACGUCUCCUACGCCUCUUACACCUACGCGAAUCCUACGCCUCCUACGCCUCCAACGCUUCCAACGCCUCCCCCUACGUCUCCUACGCCUCUUACACCUACCAAGGCAGCGAUGGCUUCUCCCAGGGAGUUCCUCCAACAAUUGCGAGACUAUGUCGAGAAUCAUCCUGAUACCGAAGCCAAUGUCAAUACUGAUACUGAUUGUGGUAUCUGCAUGGAGCCUUUCUUUCUCCCGUUCCGAUGGAGCCCUCAAUGCUCGCAUUCUUUCUGCCUUGACUAG